CCCAUGGAGUCGGGAGUGCCGGCGCAACGCACGGCCAUGGCGCCGCUGCUGGAGUACGAGCGGCAGCUGGUGCUGGAACUGCUGGACACCGACGGGCUGGUAGUGUGUGCCCGCGGGCUCGGCGCGGACCGGCUCCUCUACCACUUCCUCCGGCUGCACUGCCACCCCGCCUGCCUGGUGCUGGUGCUCAACACGCAGCCGGCCGAGGAGGAGUACUUUAUCAAUCAGCUGAAGAUAGAAGGCGUUGAGCACCUCCCUCGCCGGGUAACCAAUGAAAUCGCAAGCAACAGUCGCUAUGAGGUUUACACACAAGGCGGUGUCAUAUUUGCAACAAGUCGAAUACUCGUGGUUGAUUUCUUGACUGAUAGAAUACCUUCAGAUUUAAUUACUGGCAUCCUGGUGUACAGAGCUCACAGAAUAAUCGAAUCUUGUCAGGAAGCGUUCAUCUUGCGCCUCUUUCGCCAGAAAAACAAGCGAGGUUUUAUUAAAGCUUUCACGGACAACGCCGUCGCCUUCGAUACCGGUUUCUGCCACGUGGAAAGAGUGAUGCGAAAUCUUUUUGUGAGGAAGCUGUAUCUGUGGCCUAGGUUCCAUGUGGCAGUACACUCGUUUCUGGAACAGCACAAACCUGAAGUUGUAGAAAUUCAUGUUUCCAUGACACCUGCCAUGCUUGCCAUCCAGACCGCUAUCCUGGACAUUCUAAAUGCGUGUCUGAAGGAGCUGAAGUGCCAUAACCCGACGCUUGAAGUGGAAGAUUUAUCCUUAGAAAAUGCUAUUGGAAAACCUUUUGACAAGACAAUUCGCCACUAUCUGGAUCCCUUGUGGCACCAGCUUGGAGCCAAGACUAAAUCCUUGGUCCAGGAUUUGAAGAUAUUACGCACUCUGCUGCAGUAUCUCUCUCAGUAUGACUGUGUCACAUUUCUUAAUCUUCUGGAAUCUCUGAGAGCAACGGAAAAGGCCUUUGGUCAGAAUUCAGGUUGGCUGUUUCUUGACUCCAGUACCUCAAUGUUUGUAAAUGCUCGAGCAAGGGUUUAUCAUGUUCCUGAUUCCAAAAUGAGUAAAAAAGGCAAAAUGUCUGAAAAAAUGGAGAUUAAAGAAGAGCAAGAAACCAAAAAGGAGCUGGUCCUGGAAUGCAACCCAAAGUGGGAGGCGCUGACCGAAGUCCUCAAGGAAAUCGAGGCAGAAAAUAAGGAGAGCGAAGUGCUCGGUGGCCCAGGUCAGGUGCUCAUCUGCGCCAGCGACGACCGCACCUGCUCGCAGCUGCAGGGCUACCUGACGGCCGGCGCCGAGGCCUUCCUGCUCGGGCUCUACAGGCAGGCCUUUGACAAGGACAGCCGCGCGGAGGAGGUGUGGGCGAGGCUGAGGAAGGCCGACCACUCGAGCAGGACUCGGAGGUCCGACAAGAGGCCCAGAGCGCGCGCUGCCAGAGACAGGGCUCUCAAAAAGAAGAAGCCCACGUUGACUCUGACCCAGAUGGUUGGCAAACCCGAAGAACCGGCGGAAGAGGGCGACGUCGAGGAAGGCAGCCAGGGCGAAGGAAGCAGCAGCCCGGAGAGCGGCGCGGCCGACGGGAGGCAUGCGGAAUUCGAGGUCCAGUUGCCCUCGGACGCCGCCUACGGGGUCCUCCAAGAACCCCUCACCAUCAUCCACCCGCUUCUGGGCUGCAGCGACCCCUACGCGCUGACCAGAGUCCUGCACGAGGUGGAGCCCAGAUACGUGGUUCUCUACGACGCCGAGCUCACCUUCGUCCGCCAGCUGGAGAUCUAUAGAGCAAGCAGGCCCGGGAAACCCCUAAGAGUUUACUUCCUGAUAUACGGAGGCUCCACAGAGGAGCAGCGCUACCUCACUGCUCUGAGGAAAGAAAAGGAAGCCUUUGAGAAACUCAUAAGGGAAAAGGCCAGCAUGGUUGUCCCUGAAGAGCGAGAAGGCAGAGAUGAAACCAAUCUGGACUUGGUGAGAGGCCCAGCAUCGGCAGAUGCUCCCACAGACACGCGGAAGGCCGGUGGCCAGGAGCAGAAUGGCACCCAGCAAAGCAUAGUUGUGGACAUGCGUGAGUUUCGAAGCGAGCUCCCGUCCCUGCUCCAUCGCCGGGGCAUUGACAUUGAGCCGGUGACUCUCGAGGUCGGAGACUACAUCCUGACCCCAGAGAUGUGCGUGGAGCGCAAGAGCAUCAGCGACCUGAUCGGCUCCCUAAACAACGGGCGCCUCUACAGCCAGUGCGUCUCCAUGUCCCGCUACUACAAGCGGCCCGUGCUGCUCAUCGAGUUCGACCCCAGCAAGCCUUUCUCCCUGACUCCCCGUGGCGCCUUGUUUCAGGAGAUCUCCAGCAACGACGUCAGCUCCAAGCUCACCCUGCUCACGCUGCACUUUCCCAGGCUGAGGCUGCUCUGGUGCCCCUCGCCGCACGCGACCGCAGAGCUGUUUGAGGAGCUGAAACGAAACAAGCCGCAGCCUGACGUGGCGACGGCCAUGGCCAUCACGGCGGAUUCUGAAACCCUGCCCGAGUCCGAGAAGUACAACCCUGGCCCCCAGGACUUCCUGUUGAAGAUGCCAGGGGUCAACGCCAAGAACUGCCGCUCGUUGAUGAACCACGUGAAGAACAUUGCAGAGCUGGCGACGCUGUCUCAGGACGAGCUUGCGAGCAUCCUGGGCAACGCCGUGAGCGCUAAGCAGCUCCAUGACUUCAUCCACACCCCUUACGCGGAAGUGGUGUCCAGAGGAAAAGUGAAGAAAUGAGCAAGGGAAGCGGCCCCUGGCCCCACAACCGCGCUCGUCGCCGGCUCCCUGCCAGCCGCUGUGGGUCACUGUUGGUCCUGAGCCCACUGCUGCAUUCCUCCCCAGUGCGGGAAGGGAUCCAGUGUUGUUUCCAAGGGCAGGGGACCAGGGCCCAGGUUUCUCUCUCACCUUGGCAGCUCGGUAUCAUUUGCACUUUCCCACGCCUGCUCCCCCCACCCUUACACAGUCCGUGCCAGACCCGGUGUAUUCCAUUUUUAAAUGAGGUGUGGCAGGCUCAGGUAAAGUUUCUACAAGUGUUUCUGCAGGCCACUUGGAGACAAGCAGAAAUUGGUGUUUCCUACACAGACAGUAAGGCACACAGUCACGUUCUUAGCCUCUGUCCACGCUCAUGGAAUCUGCCCUUUACCAUUUCUUCUGGCCACUUCUCCCCACGCUUCCUCCCGCUGUAAUUCCUGCUCCUGGUUUAACACAGGCACCUUGAAAACCAGCUGGCUCAUCUUGACUUUUGAAAGAAGUGAGUUACCUAAUUAGGGAAAGGGAUGGUACAGGAGAAGGAGCCCUUGGGAUUCUCAAUUGUUCCAGCUGUGCUCAACCCAGAGCUGUCCCGGCCAGAUGAUAGUUACAGAGUGCUUCCGGACCCCUCUCUCCCCGGCUCUCCCCGAGACUGCACCGCCCUCACUCCCCUGCCACAGGGCAGGGGACGGGCCACACGGUGCUCAGAUGGAGUUUUCCUUCCUUGAGUUGAGAGAGAUUGGAGGUAAAUGGAAGAUCAAUGCAUAGACUAUAUAAAAAUUCAAGAAGUAUUAUGUAAAAAUCCAUAAGGAAAACAAUCUCAUUCUAAACCUCCUUCGGAUUGAUUUAGGUUGGCUUUUUACUGACAUGUCCAUACAGGAUAUUCAUAGCAUCCUUGUGCGGUUUUUAAACUUUUAUACUUAAACCUUAAUUAUACAGUAAUGCAUAGUCAAUUUCCUACCUCAAGAGCUGAUGUCGACAUGAAUUCCGCUAGCCAUGAUCCCCGUGUAAUGUUUCAUCAAUGUCACCUCGUUCUUAUGUUUGCCACACAGAACUAACAGGCAGUGCACCAGGUGACACAACAUUGUCUUCAACAAAAGUACUUUUAACUGUCCUUUCGAAACUGAACCUCUCGUGUUCUCAUCUAGGUUUAUUGGUAAUCAACAGAGCAUGGAUUUUAAACUUCAUAGGAGGGUCCUCCAAGAGUGAAGUGAGGGGUUUCAGGAGUGGACCGGUUCUCAUAGAAUCGGGGACAUGGGGGAUAGAAAACAGGACAAGAAACAAAGGAAGGAAGAUUUCUUUUUUUUUUUUUUUUAUUUAGUGAACAUAAAUUUCCAAAGUACAGCUUAUGGAUUGCAAUAGCUUCCCCCCCGAUAACUUCCCUCCCACCCACAACACUCAGAAAGAUUUCGACCACGGAUUUUGUCACAGGGUUAAGGAUAUACCUGUAGAAUAGAGAGCAGAAAUGUGGAGUGAUUGCAGCACGAAAGUUCAUGCUUGCUUUGUAGUGUGUCGUCGUAUUGACGGGUUCAGUCAGAAUUCCAAAUGCCUUAAAGCGGACCGCUUCAGAUGCUGAUGGUCACUGCUGUGUCUCUGGUCCCUGUUCCAGCAUGCUGCUUGUAGCGCGCAGCGUCUGUCCUGUGUAAUUCCACCUGCCUGUUAUUGUCGUUCCAUGCAUGGGAGGCAGAUCUUCAUCAGCUUCACUCUGUGAUCAGGAUUUCGUUCAGAGUUGCUUUCAAAAAUGAGCCCUUAAAGCAACCACUUAAAAUAGUCCUUGCCUCCUAGCCUGGCACCAGUAACAGUCUUAAUUGUAUUUAGGAUUGCUGUCCCUUGGUUCUCAGAGUCUGUUUUUGCAGUUGUACUCACUGGACACUUAAAGACAGGUGCUCUGAAUGUGAACGAGCGUUUCUGAAGAACUCUGAAAUGGUGGUCAGGGGUGAAGGGCUCCCCUUGACACUUCUACAACUAGAUAAAUAGAUUUUAAUGGAUUUCCAGUUGUGGAAAGCUUCCAAUAUAUCCACCAAGUAUUCACUUUUCUCAGACUUUUUUUUAUUUACAAAUUUUUACAAUAUAAGGGUUUUUGAUAGAAAAACUAGAAAUUCAUAGUUAAAUUAAUGUAUUUAUUUUCUAGCAUCAUUUUGUUAACUUUGCCUUUCUCUCAAAAUAGUAAGUAUCCAAUUUACUUAUGAAUUCAUGUUUAGCUUUUUAAAACCUUUUUAAAAGCUAGAUCAGCAUUCUAUUUUGCAAGACUUUUGCAUAAAAAAAUGGGAACAUAUGAAAUGUUGUGAGAAAUCACUUUCGGUGUCAUUUAUUUAAAUCACAGUGCCUCUCUCGGUAUUUUUUUAAAAUUAACGAGAAGAAACCAUUUUUAACAGUGGCCAUAAAUAUUGUCGUUUUUGGCAGUAAAUCGCUGUGUCUGCAGUCCGAGGCCUGGUGGCUGGGCGGCCGCGUGUGUCGGCGUGGAUCUGGGUGCAGUUCCCCAGGUCAUGAGGGACUGAACGUAAUUGCCCGUUAGGACAGGAAGGGUUAAGUCUGGAUGUGGCCCUGUUGAGAUAACAGAGUUUGGACAUAAUCAGAGGCCUUCAGUGGGGAAACCUACACUAAACAAAUCUGAAGACGUGGGUGGGGGAGGGAGCAGGGCCUCACUGGUCUUCACUUUGGUUUUUCAAGCAUAAUUUGAUUUUCCUUUGGCUCAGAAGACUUCUCUAGGGAAUUUCUCUUCUUUGUGUUUGGCUUAACCUCUGAAAAGCCAGCACUUGAGGAAACCUCUUUUCUCAAGGUUGGAGUAGAGUAAAAUUUAGCAAGGCUUUGACAUGAAUUGUUGUGUUUCCUACCCAUUUUGCUUUCUGUUGUGGUUUGUAGCUAUUUUGUUAUCCGGUUCUGAACUUCAGCACUUAAGGAGCCACUUGAAGGGUAUGUAAGUGAGAAUGUGGUUGGGAAUGAGAUCCCAGUCUGUAACAGGGUUGUGUGUGUUUAAUGUGUAUUUAUUCAAUAUUUCCCUCAAUGUGUUGUGGGCAAAGUAAAAAUAACAAUGUACAGUAAAAGGAAUAUAUUGCCAGCACUCUGUUGGAAAAUCGUUUAAAAUGCGAGAAUAUUUUAAUUUUUCCUUUCUUGUUACGCAGUAUAUCUCAUUAAAGCUGAGCC